AUGAAUAACAGCAACAGCACGACCGAGAACAGCGACAUUACAGCUGCAAACGAAGCCCCCAAAUGGGUGACUCAAUUUACCGGUUAUAUAGAGCUGAUUUUCACAGUAGUGGCCUUAUUUGGAAACAUUGUAUUUGUUGUUGCUGUACUCAUCAGGAAGCGGCUGCGCACCACUGCAAACUUGUUCUUGGUCAAUCUCGCCUUCACAGAUAUUAUAGCAGCGCUGCUCGUCUCGACCUUCGCCGCUGCAGCCCAUCUUCGCCGUGGAUGGUUCUGGGGACAUACAUACUGCAUUGUACACUCUGUGAUACAACCAUUCUUACUAAGUAUUUCACUUUACGUUAGUGCCUGUAUCGCCUUCAAUCGAUACGUGUACAUCGUACAUAGAGAAAAAUAUCAAAAAAUCAACAACAAAUUCAGCGUUGUUAUUUUCCUACUCUUUUCCUGGCUGUUUCCCAUAAUCGUCAGAGGCCAGCAGUUUCUCAAGUCACCGUUUUUCUACUCAUCGUCAGUAUAUAGAUGUCGUUACAGCACUACCCAGGUAAUCACGGCGCUGAUAAUUUACGUCCCGUGCGCUAUUGUUGUCAUUUGCUACACGCGCAUUUUCAUCUAUGUCCGUAAAAGCAGAUUACGAGUCCAGGCUCACCAGCAAAGUCUGCCAAACACAGCUACAAACAAUACACCGAAAGGUCCCAGCAAACAAGAACUUCGCAUGAUCGCCGUCUUUUCCAGCGUGUUUAUUCUGAUUCUGAUGGGGUACCUGCCAUUCAUCAUUCUUGUGAGUGUAUAUCAGGCAAAAGGACAGAGACCUCCUGUUGGCAUAACCAUUUUACUUUACCCAUGUUUACAUCUUGCAGGAGUUCUAAACCCAAUCAUUUACGGACUGAGCAACAGACAUUUCCGUGCGGCUUACAAAGAUAUUUUCACAAAAUUUUCAAAUUCAAACUCUGUCAUCGUUGAUGUGAAUAUAUAA